CCAAACCUACACAGCUCCCCCGUUACAUCUCUCUCUCUCUCUCUGUUUAUAGCCUUAAUUCAUGUCGUUCUUCCAUUUCUUUCAUCAGCCACUGCUCUGGUUGCGAGAGAGAGAGAGAGAGAGUGCUCGUGUGUGUGUAUAGAUAUUUGAAGAUGAUGAGCACGAGAAAAGGUGAGAAGGAAGAGAGUCUUCCUUCAUACCAUGUUAUUCACAAGCUCCCUCCCGGUGAUAGCCCUUACGUUCGUGCCAAGCACGUCCAGCUGGUUGAGAAGGAUCCAGAAUCGGCUAUAGUUUUCUUUUGGAAGGCGAUAAAUGCGGGUGACAGAAUAGAUAGCGCCCUCAAAGACAUGGCAGUGGUUAUGAAACAGCAAGAUAGAGCAGAAGAAGCCAUUGAAGCGAUCAGAUCUUUCAGGGAUCGUUGCUCCAAGCAAGCUCAGGAAUCCUUGGACAACGUCCUCAUCGAUUUGUACAAGAAAUGUGGGAGAAUCGAGGAGCAAAUUGAGUUACUAAAGCAGAAGCUUCGGAUGAUUCACCAAGGAGAGGCCUUUAACGGCAAGGCUACCAAAACAGGUCGCUCUCGUGGAAAGAAGUUCCAAGUCACCAUCAAGCAAGAGACCUCCAGGAUACUGGGAAACUUGGGUUGGGCGUACAUGAAACAAGGAAACCAUAUGGCUGCAGAAGUGGUUUAUCAGAAAGCUCAGUUAAUCGACCCUGAUGCGAACAAGGCCUGCAACCUGUGCCUCUGCCUGAUCAAGCAAACUCGAUACACCGAUGCAAGAAUGGUUCUUGAAGAUGUACUGCAGGGUAAACUCUCAGGGUCCUCGGAUUCUAAGUCAAGAAAACGUGCAGAGGAGUUACUGCAGGAGCUAGAGCAAUACCAAUCUCAACUAUCUUCUUCGAGCCUGUCAUCAAUAUUAAGCAUAGAAGAUGAUUUCAAGGAGGGGGUUGAACAGUUUGUGAACCAACCGGCACCAAUCAGAUCAAGGAGACUGCCCAUCUUUGAAGAGAUCUCUCCAUUUAGGAAUCAGUUAGCUUGUUGAUUCUUUUUUUUUCUUUUUAGUUUUUCACUUCUUCGUUUGUGGCAAUCUGUGUGCGAGCGUCAGGAUGGUGGAUAGAUAUUAGAUUCCCUUGGAUCAGGAGACGUGAGCCUUUGAAAGUAGCUGUAUAUUUUUCUUCACCUAUCAAGAAAUAAAAAUAAACCGUGUAUUUUUCCUCUA